AUGAAGGAGCUCGGGCCCUACUCGACGGCCUGCGGCGGCCCGCUGGUGGUCGAGGAGCUUGAGUAUGUUCCGAACCGCUCCAACCUCAAGGUUGUCUACCCUGGCACCACUGGCAAGACGGUCGCGUUCAUCGGCAGCCACUUCGACGUCGUGCCGGCGGACCCAGAGCAGUGGGACAAGGACCCCUUCGAGCUGACCGUGGAGGGUGACAAGCUCUACGCCCGCGGCACCACGGACUGCCUAGGCCACGUUGCGCUGCUCACGCGGUUCAUGGUCGCGCUGGCCAAGGCCAAGCCAGCGCUGCAGCGCAGCAUCGUCGUCCUCUUCAUCGCCGGCGAGGACGCCCGGCUCGUCGUCGUUGUCGACUUCGGUGGCAAGGGCCUCGGCGCGCCUGCGGGCGCCACGGCGAGCUGGCCAGAAGCUCGAGGCUGGAAGAGGGCGGCAUCAGCCGCACCGAGCUCGGCAGCGGCCGAGCCACCGGCAGGGGCCGGGAGGAGUCAACCGGCAGGGACCGGGAAGAGCGGCCGCAGGCGCGGCAAGAGGAGCGACGCGGCGAUCGAGACCAGGCGCAAGCAGCUCCAGUUCAAGCACGACUUGAGGGAGACGGGUAACAAGCUUCACGACCUCGCAUACAUCGAGGACCAUCCCUCGGAGAAUUCGUCGGACGCCAUUGAAGAGGCGCAGAAGGAGGUCCUAGGCCGGAUUACGGACCUCGAGCGUACGAGGCAGGAGAUAGCUGAGAGCAGGGAGGAGCUCGCCAAGAGACACGCUCAGUUCGAGUUACUGAGGCAGGAGUUCGCGGCUCGAAUGAGUCAGACCGUCGACGAGAUGCGGAGGCUGGAGAACGAGAAUCAGCGUCUUCAGCAGCAGGUGGCAGGAGGCCUCGCGGCAAUUCCGCAGGCGAUAGAACGCAUGGGCGAGCAGAUCAGAGGUGCGACGAACGCGGGAGGAGCCGCUCCCGGUCUCGUAGACACCAAGGGGAUUGGCAAGCCCACGACGAUGGGCGACGAUCAAGAGAAGUUCGGAGCUUGGAAUCGCAAGAUGGAGAACUACGUGAUAGGCGUGUACGGAGAGAGCUUUCGUCCUGUUCUUCGGUGGGCUGCAGAAGCCGAACGCCCCGUGACGAUCGAGGGGGCACAGGCGGCGCACGACGGAGUUCCAGAGCUGGAGACCAAGGUCAACCAGCUGUACGCGGCGCUGAUCAGCACGACGGCGGACGGCAGCGAGAGCAACGACCUCGUGACGGGCGCCCCCGACGGGAACGGUCUCGAAGCCUGGCGGAAGCUUCACCGCAGGUGGGACCCGACGACAGGUCCGAGGAAGAGGCUGAUCCUGAGGUCGAUCAUCUCGCCUCCGAAGUGCAACGCGGACGAGCUGGGGUCCGCCUUAGAGAAGUGGAUCCAGCAGAUAGGCAGGUACGAACGCCGCCAAGGAGAAGAUGGGCUGGCCGAGCUGCCGGAGGAUAUCAAGAUGGCGGCCCUCGAGAUGCUUGUGCCUCAGGACAUCGAGAACCACCUCGUACUCAACAAGCAUCGGCUCGUAACGUUCCAGGACAGUCUGAACGAGGUAAUGACGAUCGUAGAGGCUCGGACCGGCGUGAAGAUCAAGGAGCCAUCGAUCCGUGCGCGGGCGCAUCAUCCGGACGACAUGGACCAAAUCGACGAACGGAUCAUACUCAGGCUCCCGCACAUCCCCGACGGGUUCGGGCCGUGGUUCAGGGCACACGGCACCUCGAAGCACCAGCGGGCGCUUCGACGGCUACUGUCGGAACUGCGAGAGAUGGGGCCACAAGGCAUCCGACUGCUGGAGGAAAGAGCAGGGAUCGAGUACGAGGGCUGGAACUGGAUCCGCAACGGGGGCAAGCGCUGCUUCGCGCCGCCGACGGGAUUGAAGGGCAACGGCAGCACGUAUCGCACGGCCAGUGGUGAGCUCGUCCCGGACGAGGGCAGCUUGCAGCUCAAGGCGGAGGACGAGUAUGGGGUGCUACGAGCGCUCAAGGGACGCGUGACGAACGUGCACAAGCCGUUGAUCUCGGUGGGGCAGGCAGCAGGAGCUGGACAGUGUUCAUUCCUAGGCCGCAAUGGCGGCUGGAUAUUCCACGAGAAGAGCCCAAUCGGCAAGCGCCACCAGAUGCUGCCGGUCUAUCGUGAGCAGGGCGUCUACAACUUCUACCUCAAGAAGGGCCAACAUGGCUCGGUUGCUCCUCUCGAGGAGGGACUUUCGGCGAAGUCGAAGUCCGAGCUGGUGGAGCUCCUCAGCGGCAAGUCGAAGGAGGAGCUGCUGGAGAUCCUCGAGAGGACAGUCCCCAGGAGGCAGCCCUCGGCGUAA